AUGGAGCACAUGGCGAUGGCCCCCUCGACGGGGCUUAUCCUGUGCUGCCAGUGCGGGCUGCCGAUCCAGCCCAACCAGGCCAACAUGUGCCCCCAGUGCAUCAAGAGCCACGUCGACAUCACCGAGGGUAUCCCGCGCUCCGAGACGCUCUAUAUCUGCAAGUUCUGCAACCGCUACCUCGUGCCGCCAACCAGCUGGGCCCGCGCCGAGCUCGAGUCGAAGGAGCUGCUCGCCAUUUGCCUGAAAAAGCUGAAGCCACGCAUGCUGAAAGUCCGCCUGACCGAUGCAGUCUUCGUCUGGACGGAGGCCCACUCCAAGCGGAUAAAGGUGAAACUGACGAUCCAGAAGGAAGUCUUCACUUCCACAAUCCUGCAGCAAGAUCUGGUCGUUGAGUUUUCAGUGCAUAAUCAGAUGUGUGACGAGUGUCGUCGUGCCGAGGCCAAGGAUUUCUGGCGCGCUUGUGUCCAGGUCCGCCAGAAGGCCGAAUUCAAGAAAACGCUCUUCUACCUGGAGCAGCUGAUCCUCAAGCAUUCGGCUCACAAGAACUGCACCGGAGUCAAGCCGGUCCCUACAGGAAUCGACUUUUAUUUCCCGCAGCUCCAGGACGCUCGUCGUUUCGUGGAUUUCCUGAACGUGGUGCUGCCGAUUCGCUAUCACUAUGCCCAGGAGCUUGUUUCGCACGACACCAAGAACAACACCUACGAUUACAAACACACCUUUUGCGUUGAGAUUGCCCCGAUUUGCAGGGACAAUGUCGUGUGCCUUCCGAAGAAACUUGCCCAACAGCUCGGCAACAUGAGCCAGAUUGUGCUUUGCAUUCGCGUCUCCAACGUCAUCAGCUUGCUUGACACGAACACUUUGCAAAUGGCUGAUGUGACUGAUACCGCCUUUUGGCGCGAGUCGUUCGAGUCGCUGUGCACGCCGAAAAUGCUCACCGAAUUCUACGUGAUGGACGUCGAGCCGGUCGAGGUCGAGCUGAAGCCCGGGCACGGAUACAUCAGCAAAAAACACGACCUGGCGGACGUCUGGCUGCAGCGUUCCAACGAGGUGGGCAAGGACGGCGCAGAAACGCUAUCGGCCCGGACACACCUCGGCCGCUUGUUGAACCCAGGGGACUUGGUUCAAGGCUUCGACAUUCGCAACUGCAACGUGAACAACGAUGUGCUCGACAAGAUGAAGCCUGACGACAUCCCCGACGUCAUCCUCGUCAAGAAGGUCUUUGACCGACAGCGGCGUGCCGCCAAGCGCAAGUGGAAGCUGAAGCGCCUCGUCAUCGAUGGCGACAUUGUUGGCAAGGAGACGGCGUCGGUGGCCGAUGAAUUCCAGAACUUCAUGGAGGACCUUGAGGACGACCCGAUGCUGCGCGAGAAGCUCAACAUCUACAAGGACCAACAAAAGCUGGCGAUGCCGGUUGAAACCGACGACGAGGACGGGCCGACCGAUGGGCCCACGCUAGCCGAGAUGCUCGACGAGCUCGACUUGGACCAGGAUGUCGAGAUGGCCGAGGAGGAGCCAAACGAG